AUGGCGGCGCCCUGCGCGGAGAUGGAACCGGCGGCGCCUCCUCCGUCCCCGCCCGCUCCUCCUGCGGCCGCGCCGGGCUCUGCCGGGCUCGUGUGCGCGCAGGGCCGCAACCUGCGGGCCGUGCUGUGCCAGCGCUGCGGCUCCCGGGUGCUGCUGCCCGGCGCCGCCACCUUCGCCCGCCGUGAGCUCCUCCUGCCCGCCAUGAGGAAGAAGGCGGCGGCGGCGGCGGCGGGAGGCGGCGGGGACGUGCUGCGGGAGCACUGGCUGGUGCGCGACAUGUUCUCCUUCGAGAACGUGGGAUUCACCCGCGACGUGGGAAACGUCAAGUUCCUGGUGUGCGCCGACUGCGAGGCGGGGCCCAUCGGCUGGCACUGCCUCGACGACAAGGACAGCUUCUACGUGGCGCUGGAGCGUGUGGCCCACGAGUGACGCCGGGCCCGGGCCCCGGGCCGGGAGCUGGGCCCGGCCGCCGGGAGCCCCGCGAGCCCCGCGGCCGGACAGCGCUGCGGACCGAGCGCACUGCUCACCCCGGAGCCUGGCUGCCCACAGCCGCUGCUCCGCGCUGGGACUGCCUCACAGCCCCGCUGGUCACUGUUUCCCACAUCCACAGGCUGACCCGCCUCAGGAAUUGCAGCCCUGGCACGGCUAACUCCUCACCUGCACCCGCGUGGGAAGAGUGGUGCUGCUGGGAGGGUCCCUGUACCCUGCAGGAACAGCUCACCCUGACAUUUUUGCCACGUAACCUGAUCUGCUCCAGUCUGGCUGCUCGUUUCCCUGGUGGCUGCUGUUGCUCCAGGGGGCUGAGGUGUCUCUCGUGCUGGUGGCCCUGUGACAUGUAAAUGGGGGCACUGGCACAGGGUAAUGGGGACAGGACUGCUGCACUGAGUCGUAGUGGCAGCUGAAACUGUCUGACCUGCAGCCAGAGCAGUUCCAAGGUUUAAGGCUGAAUCUUCUGUUGAUUUUCAGAAGGAAUGUUCACUGCCCCAAGCUCUAACAUUUAUGUUCUCCAAAACCUCAUCCCACCUGACAGCUGUGCUCUGUGACAGUUGUGUCACCUGAAGUGAGUGUAAGGCAUCCCAACUCUCAUGUGCAGUUCUAUUAACUGAGUACUUGGGAAGAAAACACAAGGUUGAAUGUGCAGACAGCAUAGACUGAUAGAGCAGACAGCAAAGAAAAUGUGCCAGAUCAUAGAGCUUUCAGGCAGCAAAAGUGAAGAGAUUCCAGCCUGAAAAGGAUCUGAAUCAUUGGACAGGCAGUGCUGAAGCAUGUCAGAACAUGUGUGUGUGUUAAACAGUGAUGUCAGGAAGGACAUCUAAAUGCUGGUGGUGAGAGUAAUCUGGGAUAUUGUGACCAGUUUUGGUUUCUGCCUUUUGAAAGCUGGACAAGCUAAUUAAAAAUUGAAGGAGGCUGCAGCAGCUGUGGUUCUCCCUGCAUUUAUCACUGCUGGUAAUCAUGGCCCAGUUCAUUCUCUAUUGCUAACCCCUGUAUGUGUGGCAGCUCUCCAGGGGUGCUCUGGGAUCCCUGGUGCUGUGCCUCACUGUGGGACACCUCACUGUCCUCUGCUCAUACGCACUUGGGUGCUAACCCAGCUGUGCAGGCGUAGCUGUCACUGUGCUGGGGUGAUGUUCUUGUUUGUGCCAUCAAACUCAAGGUGGGGUGUAGGUCUGUCCUCCCAAGGCUGUGGGAAGAACCUUUCCCUUGCCCCUCUAAUGAAACAAUUUUGCUGGCAAGGCUCUGUAAGGCAGGCACAACCUCAGAGGAAGCUCCCAGAAGAGGCAUCCUGACAGCAGGAGGGGCAGAAACAAGUCCCUUCUUCCUGCAGUGCUUGAGCAUCUGCACUUCUGAGGUUUGGAGACUCUGCCUUAAUGUGUGGCCUGUUCUGGGGCUUCUCUGUCAGGAACCUCUGCUGUGGGCAGCCAGGAUUUAUCAGGGGAGGGAGAGGGGCAGAACUGUGGUCUGGGGGCUGAGGGUCUUGCUGAAGCAGGAGGCAAAUCCUGUGCUGUGUCCUUGGUAAAUGUGUCAGAUGGACAUUUGUCAUGGAAACUGCUUCUUCCCUCCUGCCCUCCCUGUCUCUCAGCGCUAAGCCCCAAGGGCUGCACAGGUUCAUCAAGGAGAUGUGCCUCAAAGGACAAGAGAGCUUCACUUGGGUUCUGCACAGGCAUGGCAAAAUGGUGGGAUCACAUCACUAAUUUCACACUUUGAUUUGCAUUGCUGUAUCUUAGGGUAUGUGUUCUGACUUGUAAUACCCCACUUAUAGUCCAUGUUACUUCAAUAUGCUGUGCUGCACAAGCUGCAUUUUGAAGGCACCACUGUGCAGAACAGACUGGAAGUCAGCUUGGUUAAUGCUGAAUAAAUGACCUCCAAAAAUGGUA